UGAAGACACGGGGAGCCCAAGAGCUUGGUCGUAUGAAUGACAUAGUACAUAUGCAGCCUGCAGCUUGAAGUGCAAGGCAUUAUUGGCUAUGCCUUGACUUCUUUGUGUCUAAGACCUCAAACAAUUAUGACGCACCCUAGCAUCAUAGCGGGAAAUCUGGAAACUCGCGCCUGCAGAAAAGCAAACCGUCUCCUGUUCUUCUGCCUUUCCCACCCCCACCUCACACACUCACAUUCACACUGACAUUCAAUUUUGUCAAUUGCCACGACUUCUUUAACUUCCACCCACCAUAACCACAGAAGAACUGUCAAUAGCAAGAAUGUCUGAAGCACCGCGAGUCCAGCUCACCAGCACGGAUCUGUCUGAUCUUGACCCCUCUGCGCCCUCCAACCAGUACUCCUCGGACCCGUACUCCAACCAGUACUCUUCCAACCAGCGCUCGGCGAGGCAGAACGGAGACGUUGACCAAUACGCAUCGAACGCCGCACAGAACGCACAGCAAGCAGGAAGCAGCAUCCUGGCCUCAGCACAGAACGCCAUGAAUGCCGCUGCGAGCCACCCCGCUGUGCAGAACACGAAGGAGACUGUCCUGAAUGGACCUGUUGCACAAAACGUCAAGGCAGAGGGUGCGAGGACCCGCGACGAAUUUGCCGACCUCGCGAAUUCCCGAACCAUUCCUGAGCAUAAGACAGCCACAGGCCAGAACCUUACCCACUACCACAGCAUGUUCUACCGUCUCCUGAGCUGGAAGAACCCGCGCGCAACUGGUAUCGCCUUUGGUGUUACCGUCAUGUUCAUCUUUGCUGCCCGAUACCUGAACGUGAUCCACUACAUACUCAAGGGUCUCUACAUAACACUUGGAGCAACUGCCUCUGCAGAGCUUGUCGGACAACUGGCUAUUGGACGUGGUCUUACCACCCAGAUCAGGCCACAGCAGUACUUCACCAUCCCCAAGGCGUCGCUUGAGCGUCUCCUGGAUGAUGUUGAGCAGCUCAUCAACUUUUUCGUCAUCGAGUCCCAGCGAAUAGUCUUCGCUGAGAACGUGUAUGCCACGCUCGCUGCUUUUGUCGCGUCCUUGACUUCGUACUUCCUCAUCAAGUUCGUUCCUCUCUGGGGCUUGGCUUUGAUUGCGACUCUUGUUACCUACCUUGGUCCCCUCGUCUACAUCAAGAACAAGGCGGUCAUUGAUGCUCAACUCGAGAAGGGUUACAACAUUGCCAGUCAACAGGCCGUCCAGCUCAAGGAAGUCGCCAGCAAGAACGCCGUCAACGCCGCACACUCCGUUCAGGGUAUCACCAACCAAUACACCGCUAAGGCUACUGAGACCAUCAACCAGUACCGCGGCGGUCGCCCCACUUCCCCAGAGGCCAAGAGGACCGACUUCCCUGUCGCCCCCAAGCACGAGCCUUUGGCAUCCCAGUCCCAGUACGAGUCGAACAUGCCGGCUGCUCAGCCAAUCGCUCAGCCUGUCUUGUAAGCUCUCACGAAAUAAGUCAGGAAGUGCAGAACACCUGUUUUGCCCGAUCGAUCUAUCGCAAGCUCUCAGUGUUUCCGCUACUACCUAUGAUGAGCUUCUCGCAUAGGCACAAAUCUUCACGAUGACCACGGAUGACGAUUCACAUGCUCAGUCUCGACACAACCACAAAGCCCUGAAAUUGGACACACCGAGCGUUAAGUGUUUCACCUUGUUCCUAAAAGCCCUUUUCCCUAGAUAUCUAUUUUAGCGUUAGUAUACUUCCUCUUUCGAUGCUUCUUCUUUGUAGGCUGUCUCUACGGAGUCGCUUGAUAUGAAUGAAUGGUUGUCACUAUGGGCAUGGAAGUAUAGGAGUUGGUUUUCCUUUUGAUAUCUCGACAGGAUAUAAUGAAU